CCAAAAAAGAGCGAAAUUACUAAUCAGCACCGUUGGGUCACCCCAUUCGCGUGCUCCGCGUUCCAAAUCCAAUCAUCAAACCGUGCUGCGGUGAAGCGAACGCAGAGCUCGGUUGGUCAACAAUGAGGACGACGAGAUAAAAGCAAACAGCGGCGUCCCUCUCCCUCUCCCUCCUCCGCUUCCUGCCUCCUCCGCCCGUCGCCUCCCCUCCCCUCGCCUCGCCUUCUCUCCCCAACCCCACAACACGCCGCGAGCUCGCCGUACGGACGGACCCGUGCCCGCCGGCGAGAUGGAGCUGAGGCCCGGGAUGUCGGCGCUCGUCACCGGCGGCGCCUCCGGCAUCGGGAAAGCACUUUGCAUUGCUCUUGCACAGAAGGGUCUAUUUGUGACUAUUGUUGAUUUCUCUGAAGAAAAUGGAAGAGAAGCUGCUUCAUUAGUUCAAAUCGAAAAUAAAAGGUUUCAUGGAGAUCUUAAAGUUCCGACUGCUAUAUUUAUCAAAUGUGAUGUUAGUAAUGCAGGCGAUCUUUCUGCUGCCUUUGGAAAACAUGUGGACACAUAUGGUGGACUAGAUAUUUGCAUCAACUGUGCUGGAAUUGCAGUCAAAACAUUAGUUUACGAUGAUCAAUCUGAUGGAACUAGAACAUGGAGACAUGCUGUAAAUGUGAACCUUGUUGCUGUUAUUGAUGGUACUCGCAUUGCAAGUCAAAUUAUGCGAUCUGGGAAGAAACCUGGUGUCAUAAUAAAUAUUGGUUCAGCUGCAGGCCUUUAUCCUAUGAACUUUGAUCCCAUAUAUAGUGGGACAAAAGCUGGUGUUGUUAUGUUUACAAGAUCACUUGCUCCAUUGAGACGCCAUGGUGUACGUGUCAAUGUACUCUGCCCUGAGUUUGUUCAAACUAAUAUGGCAGAGCAACUAAAUCGUAGAAUAGUAGAUGCAACUGGUGGAUAUAUAACGAUGGAAGAUAUUGUUAAUGCUACGUUUGAACUCAUCAAAGAUGAAAGCAAGGCUGGUGCUUGCCUUUGGAUAACUAAACGAAGAGGGAUGGAGUACUGGCCAACACCAGAGGAACGAAGAAAGUAUCUGCUGAAUCCCUCCAAGUCAAAAAGGAUGUUAACACAAAAUACCUUUUCAACAGUCCAUACGCCUGAGUUCUAUGAGAAGAUAGUUGUUCACACACUCAGCCACAAUUUUCGCGAUGCUACAAGACUUGAUCGUGUGCGCUUGAGAUUGCCUGUUGAACCACACAGUGCUCUGGUUAAAAUAAUAUACGCUGGUGUAAAUGCUAGUGAUGUUAACUUCAGCUCUGGCCGUUAUUUCAGUGGUGGUGCUAAAGAAAUUGCUGCACGGCUUCCAUUUGAUGCUGGUUUUGAGGCUGUUGGCAUUGUUGCAUCUGUUGGAGAUUCAGUCAACUAUAUUAAAGUUGGCACUCCUGUAGCCCUUAUGACUUAUGGGACCUAUUCUGAAUUUAUACAGGUUCCGGCCAAGCGUCUUCUUCCGGUGCCAAGACCAGAACCAGAGGUCGUUGCUAUGUUAACAUCAGGAUUGACUGCAUCAAUUUCCCUUGAGAAGGCAGGCCAAAUGAAAUCAGGGGAAGUUGUUCUAGUUACAGCAGCUGCUGGUGGAACAGGACAAUUUGCUGUGCAGCUCGCAAAACUAGCAGGCAACAAGGUUGUUGCCACAUGCGGUGGCAAUAGUAAAGCUGCACUUCUGGCUUCCUUAGGAGUUGAUCGAGUUAUCAACUACCAAAACGAAAACAUCAAAGAUGUUCUGAAAAAAGAGUUUCCAAGAGGUGCAGACAUUAUAUAUGAAUCUGUUGGUGGGGAAAUGUUUGACUUGUGCUUGAAUGCACUUGCAGUCCAUGGACGUCUUAUUGUAAUCGGUAUGAUCUCCCAGUAUCAAGGAGAGCAUGGGUGGAGGCCACGGAACUACACUGGACUAUGUGAUAAGAUCCUUGCUAAAAGUCAAACUGUGGCGGGUUUUUUCCUAAUCCAGUGUGCUCAGUUGUGGCAAGAUCACCUUGACAAACUUUUUGAUUUGUAUGCCUCCGGAAAGCUAAAGGUUUCCCUUGACCCCAAGAAAUUCUUGGGUGUAGCUUCAGCGCCUGAUGCGGUAGAAUAUCUUCAUUCUGGCAAGAGUGUUGGCAAGGUUGUUGUGUGCAUUGAUCCGUCAUACAGUCAGACCCUUGCUAAACUAUAGUCUGUGGACAUGAGAUACAUCAUAUUUCGUCGUCUGGUAAUCAUCAGAAAGUAUAGUGCAAAAAAUACGCAUUACCAUUUUAAAGACAAAUGAAUAGGCUAUUUGACACAUUUACAGCAUGGGGGCUUCUUGCUCAGUCUUGUAGUCUGUGCGUAGCUGGAACAUUCUCAUAUUUACCCCGACAGGGAAGAAAUCGAGCAGCUGCAUAUGUUGUAUAGCUCAAUUGUCGGACAUUUUGUGGGACAGUUCAAUGAUAUAUUAAGAUCGUUCCAUGCUUA